AUGGCACAAGAGAACAGUGCAAGGUUUGACGCCUUGGAGAGGGCUGGCUUCAAGACUGAACGCUUCGGAGACAUUAUAUCGGUGUUGUACGACAAGCUAGGCGGUCACUAUAUUGACGUGGGUACGUCAGCCAAGAUCUCUCAGGGACAGCCCUGUCUUGUAAUGAAAUAUUCUGGUGAAUGCAGCGAACUAAUAACCGAGUUUCCCGGGCCACAGAUCAAGGUGAAAGCAGAUUCUACUCCACUACGUUACACUUCUAGAGGUCUUUCGUUCAGUGAUGGAACUGAGGUAACGGCCGACGUGAUUGUGUUCGCUACGGGAUUUGUAUCCAAUCUGAAGGACGUUAUCACCCAGUAUGUCGGACAGCCAGUUGCGGAUCAAAUUCAAGACUUUUGGGGCGUUGACAACGAGGGGGAGAUUAACGGUGCUUUCAAAUACCCCGGGCAUCCGGGUAUGUGGUUCACCGGCGGAACGAUCGGACACGCUCGAUUUUUUGGUAGAUUUAUUGCACUUCAGAUCAAGGCGGAUAUUAUCGGCUACCCUUUCAGGAGAUUUGAGGAUUCUUAG